AUGGCCCAGACAAUCAAGGUCGCAGUGAUUCAGCUGCAUCCCAAGCCCCUCCAAAUCGAGCACAAUUUCAACAAAGCCGCAAGUUUUGUCAAGUCGGCUGCACUGCAGGGCGCUGAACUUGCUGUGCUACCUGAAUACCAUCUGACCAACUGGGUCCCAAAAGAUCCUGGCUUCCUUCCGCUCUGCGAGCAGUGGGAAACCUACCUCAAGAAGUAUCAGGCCCUCGCUAAAGAACAUCGGAUCUGCAUUGUCCCCGGCACUAUCGUCGAGAGACACCGUGACGCCGAGAAAGAAGAGGACAAGCUACUCAACGUUGCCUAUUUCAUCAAUCAGGAUGGUGAGAUCAUCGGCAAAUACGUGAAGAAAAACCUGUGGGGUCCGGAGCGCGAACACCUCACCUCAUCCGGCCGCGACAUCCACGAGGUCUUCGACACCCCAAUCGGCCGCGUUGGCAUGCUCGUCUGUUGGGAUCUGGCGUUCCCAGAAGCAUUCCGUGAACUGAUCUCCCAGGGUGCUAAGAUCAUUAUUAUUCCAUCAUUCUGGACAUUGGCCGACUGUUCACCCAAAGGCCUUGGCUACAACCCGUCCUCCGAAGCCCUCUUCCUCGAUAGUAUGCUGACUGCACGCGCUUUCGAGAACACUUGCGCCAUCAUCUUUUCCAACGCUGGCGGUCCUGCUGGAAAGGGGUAUGCCGGGGUCUCGCAAGUUACGGUCCCCUACAUCGGUCCUGUGACUCGCCUGGGCAGCUGUGCCGAGGGCAUGAGCAUUGUCGACCUCGAUCUUACCAUCCUUGAGGAUGCGGAACAGAACUAUCAGGUUCGCGCGGACUUGGCUCGUCACGAUUGGCACUAUGAUUACCGGCACAGCGCAAAGGGGAAGCUUUGA